CGAUCAUGGCGCUUUGGUGGCUAACGCUCGGACUGCUGCUGGUGCUGCUGGCGCUGCUCUACGGCUGCCUGGAGCGCACCUACAGCUACUGGGCGCGCGAGGGGGUGCUGCACGAGAAACCCGUUUGGUUCUAUGGCAAUUUGCGCAGUGUGGGCCAGACGACCACGGUGCUGGAGCCGUUCCGCCGCUUCUACGAGAAGUACAAGGGGCAGGCGCCAUUCGGUGGCUUCUACUUUGCGCUGCGCGGCGCUGCGGUGCUGCUGGACCUGGAGCUGGUGAAGCUGGUGAUGGUGAAGGAGUUCAAUAACUUCUCACAUCGCGGCAACUACUACAAUGCCGCCGACGAUCCCAUAUCGGCGCAUCUGUUCAAUUUGGAUGGGCCGGAGUGGCGGGAGAUGCGCAACAAGCUGACGCCCACGUUCACCUCGCUCAAGAUGCACCAGAUGCUGCCGACCGUCGUGGCGAUAGCCGAACGCUUCGUGCAGGUGGUGCGCAGACAGGUGGAGCUGUUCGAGAGCGCCGAGGAGUCGCCCGUGGAGGUGAAGGAUCUGCUGGCGCGCUUCACCAUGGACAUCAUUGGCAGCUGUGCCUUCGGCCUCGACUGCAACAGCCUCAACGAUCCCGACGUCGAGUUCUGUCGCCUGGGCCAGAAGGUGUUCACGCAGCGGCGCCAUGGCCGCCUGGCCUUCGCCCUGCUGCAAACCUUUCCGCGCCUGGCCAAGCGGCUGCACAUCAAAAUGGUGCCGGACGACGUCAGCCAGUUCUACAUGCGCGUGGUGCGGGAGGCCGUCGACUAUCGGGAUAAGCAUCGGGUGCAGCGCAAGGACUUUCUCAAUCUGCUGAUGGAGCUGCGCGCGGAGCCAGGUGGCGGCCUCACCUUCAAUCAGCUGGCGGCGCAGGCGUUUGUCUUCUUUCUGGGCGGCUUCGAGACGAGCUCCAGCACCAUGGGCUUUGCCCUCCAUCUGCUGGCGCUGCAUCCCGAGGUGCAGCAGCGCGCCAGAGACGAGGUGCAACAGGUGCUCGCCAGGCACAAACAGCUCAACUAUGAGGCGCUGCGCGACCUCAAGUAUGUCAAGCAAAUUGUCCAAGAAACGCUGCGCAAAUAUUCGAUCGCCUCCAUUUUGAUACGACGCACGCUCGAGGACUUUCCCGUACCGGACUCAAGCUACACACUGAAGGCCGGCACACCUGUGGUCAUACCUGUCGAUGCCAUACACCAUGAUCCGGACAUUUAUCCGGAGCCGGACAAGUUCGAUCCCGAUCGCUUCACACCCGAAGCCAUCGAGGCGCGUCACUCGGCCGCUUGGCUGGGCUUCGGCGCUGGGCCCAGGAACUGCAUCGGACUGCGCUUCGGUGAGAUGCAAACGUUGGUGGGUCUGGCGGUGCUGCUCCACAACUUCAAGUUCUCGCCAGCCAAGGCCACCGAAAUACCCCUGCAAAUAAACAAGACCAGCUUCUUCCUGCAAUCCCAGGGCGGCAUCGUGCUCAAUGUGCGGAAAGCCUAACGGAGUCCAAAUGGCAAGGAAAACUUAGUUCAAUUCAAUAAAUAAUUUAUUUAUAUAUUU